AUGCCAAUGAUGGGAUAUCCGUUUACCUGGGAAAAAGGAAAAGGCACACCGAAUUGGAUAGAGGAAAGGUUAGACAAGGUCUUGACUAGCCAAAGAUGGCGGGAGAUUGUGUCGGAUGCUAGUGUGCAAAAUAUAUUAACCCGAAAGUCCGAUCAUUCUGCUCUUUUCCUUGGGAUUCUGAAUCUUCGGGAAAGGACGGGUGGUCUGAGAAGAGGGUUUCGUUUUGAGAUGGCAUGGCUGCAUGAUGAAGGAUGUAGGGAUGUGGUGGAGAAGGCAUGGAACGAUGGCGCAGGAAGAGGGUUGCAGGAAUGUAUCUCUAUUUGUGGACAUCGUUUAUCGCGUUGGGGAGGAGAGCAUUUUCAUAAGUUUGGUGAGCGGAUCAGAAACCUGCGGAAUGAACAGUUGCGUCUGAGGGGGUGUAAUGAUCCGGUCUCAUUGGCUGAGUUCCAACGUUUGGAGGAGUGCCUAUGUCGUAUUGAGGCCCAGGAGGACACAUACUAG